GACUGCUCCCUCCCCCUGAGGUCCUAAACAGUGGAGGGGGAGGGAACAUCUGUUCAAAUGGGUUCACAAAGCUCCCCGGGCUUAGCUCAGGUUCGGGGCUAUCUGAGACAGGAGCCGGUGACCCCAGGAGGAAGGACUACAGAACUCUGACUUGGCUUGGAGGGUGCUUGAAUGAAGUGAGGAACGUUCCUUAAAUAGCAGCUGGCAGAGCCCAGCAGACAGAAACACCCUGGGUCAGGUCUAUUUUGGCGUUUGCGGCCAUUCCCAAGGGAGCCACCAGAGACCUGGCCCUCGCUACUUCCUGUUGCCACAGCUGGCUCAGCUCCAUCCCACAACUUGUUUUCUCAUCCCCAAGGGUGAAGCAACACCUCUAGCAGCCGGGCUCAGACGGAGCGCUGAAGGGAAAAGUCUGAGACCACAUUGCUGACACCAUGACCUCAGGAGCCCGCGGGAUCGGCCCAGACAGCAAAAGCUUUCCUGACGACAUGGAGUUUUUACUGGAACCAUCGAGCACUGAGAAACUGCUGAAAGAAGAAGAUUGGGAGAGAUAUGUAGCUGAGGCCGGAUUUUCCAGGGAGGAGGCAGAAGCACUAUAUGAAGUCUUGACCCAGCGGAAAAGAGGCAUUGCCACGCUGCGACAAGACCAGCUGGACAGGGAGAGUUUUCUGCGUGCGUUUCCGCAGGUGAGACAGGAGCUUGAGGAGCGCAUAGGAAAGCUCCGCACACUUGCAGACCAGGUUGACAAGGUCCACAGAGACUGUACCAUCGCCCAGGUGGUGGCCAGCUCCACUGGCGCUGUGUCUGGCAUCCUGACCAUCCUUGGCCUGUCCCUGGCCCCCGUGACAGCAGGGGCCAGUCUGGUGCUUUCGGCAACUGGGAUGGGACUGGGGACGGCAGCUGCUGUGACCAGUGUGUCCACCAGCAUCGUGGAACAUUCAAUCAGCUCAUCAGCAAAAGCCACAGCCAGUCACCUCAUGUCAACUGACAGCAACAAAGAGAAGGUGGCUGUGGAGAUUCUACAACACAGCACACCCAAAGUUGCUUCCUUAACAAGUAAUUCUGUUGAAUCAGUGCAGGGCAUUGUGAAGAAUGUCAAAGCCUUGAAGCUGGUCAAAGCCAAGCCUCUCUUAGCCGCCGAGGCCAAGUCCUUCAUGACCGGAGGGGCAAUGUCAGUCAGAAGCGCCGAGAAGGUAGAGAAAGCUUUUGGGGGUACUGUUCUGGCAAUGACCAAAGGCGCCAAGAUCGCGGGUAUGGCCACUGCUGGUUUUGGCCUUCUGCUAGAUGUGAUCAACCUCGUGGAAUCGUCAAAACACUUACAUGAGGGGGCAAAGGCAGAGUCGUCUGAAGAGCUGAGGCAGCAGGCCCAGGAGCUGGAGACACAGUUGGAGACUCUCUCCAAGAUCCACAAGAUUCUGCAGGAGGCCUGAUUCUGUGACCCCAGACAGCGCAAGGAGUGGGGACGUGUACGGGACAAAGGUGUGGAGAUACCUUGUUAGUGGGGAAUAGAAGGCGGGAUGAAGUCUAUGUCAGUGUGUCAAGGAGAAGGAGGGAUGUGCAGCUGGCAGUAAGGGAGGAGCGGGGACUGGACAGUGAGGGGAAGGGGCAGAAACAGUGUCUUUUGGACUAAAGAAGACGUCGGAGUCAUGAAUAGAGAGACGUGGAGGGAUAAGCCUCGAGCAGGCCAGGAAUACUAACAAGUUGAAAAUGGGAGGAAGCUAAAUAGUUUGAAUUGUUGGAAUAGGUAGGAAGGAACAGCAGCUCCUUUAGACCCUCCUCAUGGUCUAACGUCCCAGCAGGAAUGGAGUCGUUCCCGGGUGGUGGCCUUUACCCUACUUUCUGCUGUCACUCACCUUUGUCUUCCAGAAGGGUACUCUUGGUUAGACAGUGACUUCUUGUUUUCUAAUUUUUUUCAAUUAUAGUAGACAUAUAUGUUAGUUUUAGGAGUACAACAUAUUGAGUAGACAUUUAUCUAUCUUAUGAAGUGAUCACCCCAAUAAGUCUAGUACCCAUAUGGCUCCACGCAUAGUUACUGCAAUAUUCUUGACUAUAGGCAAUGGCUUCUUUUUCUAUUUUAUAAUAUGACAAUAUUAUAGUAGUUUCAGAUGUACAGCACAGUGAUUUGACAUUUAUGUACCAUACAAAAUGAUCACCACGAUACGUCUAGUACCCAUAUGACACCACACAUAGUUAUUACAAUAAAAUUGACUAUAGUCAGUGACUUCUUCAUGAUGCUGAUGACGACGCUGGCAGCCCCUGGUGGAGAUGGUGGUGCUGCUGGUGAUGGGGAUGGCAGGAGGGAUGCUGAUGUUCACGGUGGGGGUGAUGAGAGCAAAGUGGGUGGGACAUUUGACACGUUGCUGGAGCUCUUUGGGGCCAGGCUGAUCUGAGAGACCGAAGAAGCUCCAUGAAACUCCAAAUGCUGUGUUGGAGCACUGGUUGAUUUGAUAAAGAAAAGGAACACGAAACCCAAUGGCAGCAACAGGUCAAGUCAUCUUGUGAGGUGUCAGGGAGAUCUACCAGCGUGGGGCCAAGAGACAUAGCCUCUGGGAGCCGGAGUCUUCUCAUCAGUUGUUGG